CCUGCAGCGGUGUUCUGAAGAGCCGGGCAGAGGAUACACAAGCAUCCCAGCAGGCACUCUGGUUUGCCCGUGAACGAUAGAUAUGCGGGGGUUUGAAUGAGCAGCUGCAGCAGCGGGUUUGGGUCUGUACACAUGAGUGCUGGUGUGCUUAGAGGCAUCGGGUCCCUUUCAGCUGGAGUUGCAGUACUUGUGAGUGCCAUAUUUGGAAACACAUUGAGAAAUCAGCCUGAGCAACCUGCAAGGCACAAGGCACAAGAUUCUGCAUGGUUAUUUGCUCUCCCAGGAGGUGAACACUUGUUUUGAUUAACAGAGUCAGGGUUGAGAUGCCCAGUUGUUCCUCAUCUUGGCUCAGAAGAAGCACCUAGGAAUAAAAGCUCUAAGCUGGUAUUAAGUAGAAUGGGCUUAAAGUCCACUACAGGAAACAACAGCUAGUGACAGAAAUGGCAAAGCGAACCUUCUCCACCUUGGAGGCAUUCCUCAUUUUCCUUCUGGUAAUAAUGACAGUCAUCACAGUGGCCCUUCUCACCCUCUUGUUUGUUACCAGUGGGACCAUUGAAAACCACAAAGAUUCAGGAAAUCACUGGUUUUCAACCACUCUGGGCUCCACGACAACCCAGCCCCCUCCAAUUACACAGACUCCAAACUUCCCUUCAUUUCGGAACUUCAGUGGCUACUACAUUGGCGUUGGGAGAGCAGAUUGCACAGGACAAGUGUCAGAUAUCAAUUUGAUGGGCUAUGGCAAAAAUGGCCAGAAUGCACGGGGUCUCCUCACCAGGCUGUUCAGCCGUGCUUUUAUCUUGGCGGAUCCAGAUGGGUCAAAUCGAAUGGCAUUUGUGAGCGUGGAACUAUGUAUGAUUUCCCAACGACUGAGGUUGGAGGUCCUGAAGAGACUAGAGAGUAAAUAUGGCUCUCUGUAUCGAAGAGACAAUGUUAUCCUGAGUGCCAUUCACACACACUCUGGCCCAGCAGGGUUUUUCCAAUAUACACUCUAUAUACUCGCCAGCGAGGGAUUCAGCAACCGGACCUUUCAGUACAUAGUCUCUGGGAUCAUGAAGAGCAUUGAUAUAGCUCACACAAAUCUUAAACCAGGCAAAAUCUUUAUCAACAAAGGAAAUGUUGCUAAUGUGCAGAUCAACCGAAGCCCCUCCUCUUACCUUCUGAAUCCACAGUCAGAGAGAGCAAGGUAUUCUUCAAACACAGACAAGGAAAUGCUGGUCUUGAAACUGGUGGAUUUGAAUGGAGAAGACUUGGGUCUUAUCAGCUGGUUUGCCAUCCACCCCGUGAGCAUGAACAAUAGCAACCACUUUGUGAAUAGUGACAAUAUGGGCUAUGCGGCUUACCUUUUUGAGCAAGAAAAGAACAAAGGCUAUCUGCCUGGACAGGGACCGUUUGUAGCAGGCUUUGCUUCAUCAAAUCUCGGAGACGUGUCACCCAACAUUCUUGGCCCGCAUUGUGUCAACACAGGGGAGUCUUGUGACAACGACAAGAGCACCUGUCCCAACGGUGGGCCUAGCAUGUGCAUGGCCAGCGGACCUGGACAAGACAUGUUUGAGAGCACACACAUUAUAGGACGGAUCAUCUAUCAGAAGGCCAAGGAGCUGUAUGCCUCUGCCUCCCAGGAGGUGACCGGCCCAGUGCUUGCAGCUCACCAGUGGGUGAACAUGACAGAUGUGAGCGUCCAGCUCAAUGCCACACACACAGUGAAGACGUGUAAACCUGCCCUGGGCUACAGUUUUGCCGCAGGCACAAUUGAUGGAGUUUCGGGCCUCAAUAUUACACAGGGAACUACGGAAGGGGAUCCAUUCUGGGACACUCUUCGGGACCAGCUCUUGGGAAAACCAUCUGAAGAGAUUGUAGAGUGUCAGAAACCCAAACCAAUCCUGCUUCACAGUGGAGAGCUGACGAUACCACAUCCUUGGCAACCAGAUAUUGUUGAUGUUCAGAUUGUUACCGUUGGGUCCUUGGCCAUAGCUGCUAUCCCUGGGGAAUUAACAACCAUGUCGGGACGAAGAUUUCGUGAGGCAAUUAAAAAAGAAUUUGCACUUUAUGGGAUGAAGGAUAUGACCGUUGUUAUCGCAGGUCUAAGCAAUGUUUAUACACAUUACAUUACCACAUAUGAAGAAUACCAGGCUCAGCGGUACGAGGCAGCAUCUACAAUCUAUGGACCACACACCCUGUCUGCAUACAUCCAACUCUUCAGAGACCUUGCUAAGGCAAUUGCUACGGACACAGUAGCCAACAUGAGCAGUGGUCCCGAGCCUCCAUUCUUCAAAAAUCUAAUAGCUUCACUUAUUCCUAAUAUUGCGGAUAGAGCACCAAUUGGCAAACAUUUUGGGGAUGUCUUGCAGCCAGCAAAACCUGAAUACAGAGUGGGAGAAGUGGUUGAAGUUAUAUUUGUAGGCGCUAACCCAAAGAAUUCAGCAGAGAACCAGACCCAUCAAACCUUCCUCACUGUGGAGAAAUACGAGGACUCUGUAGCUGACUGGCAGAUAAUGUAUAACGAUGCCUCCUGGGAGACGAGGUUUUAUUGGCACAAAGGAAUACUGGGUCUGAGCAAUGCAACAAUAUACUGGCAUAUUCCAGAUACUGCCUACCCUGGAAUCUACAGAAUAAGAUAUUUUGGACACAAUCGGAAGCAGGAACUUCUGAAACCCGCUGUCAUACUAGCAUUUGAAGGAAUUUCUUCUCCUUUUGAAGUUGUCACUACUUAGUGAAAAGUUGACAGAUAUUGAAGAAAAGCUUUUCUCUGUGCACAUUAUAGAGUGAAUUCACACAAAUGUGAACUGCCAGUUUAAUUUCUGUAAUUGUCUCUGUUUGGGGGACAGGUCAUUUAUUGCUAAUGGGACAGAGGUAUGUGUUUGUGUUGUUGUAUGAUUAUGAGUAUGCAUGCUAACAGGAAGAGAGAGGGAGGAGGGAGGGAGGAGGGGGAGGGAGGGAAGAAAGGAGGGAGAGAGAGAGUGAGAGAAUGAGAGAGAGAGUGAGAGAGAAAGAGUUAUUAGUGAGCAAGAGAAUAUGAGAGAAGGGCCACUGACAACCAAAUACCUUGUGAUCUUUAUCCUAAAGCAUGAUUUUCCUUGAAGCUCUGUGGUUGUUUAAGAGAUAAUUCCCUCUAAUAUGAAAUCCCUGAAAUAUAAUGACAGUAUUUGAAGAUAUGUGAAUAAUGUUUAUCCUAUUUAUUUAUAGACUUACUAAAUGAGAACACUAGAGAACUUUCUAGAAGUCCUCUAGAAUGAUACUUGAUUUUACAGAGAGGAAAAGGAGCUUUGAUUCUCUUUAGGUUAGAAUAAGGUUAGUAUAUUUUUCCCUAGUCAUAUUUACAAAAUACCAUGUAACUUUACUACAAAUAUUUGAGCCCAGCUAAAAUAUACCCAGAAAAUUAGCAUACCAGUUUUGUUUUGUUUUAUUUUGUUUUUGCAUCCAAACAAGCAUAGUCCUUCUGAUAAGUCACUUUAGAAUGGAUCUGCCUGGCUCAGGGUUAUUGUUCAUGCUCAGAUCAUUUCCGCAAUUACCUCCAGAGUCCAACUAUGCGAAUGUCACUUGCAGUGCUUUGAUUUAUGCCUUGUAUUCCUCAAAGUGUCCUUAUCCUGCUAAGUCACACCUCUUCCUCCCAGCAUUUACUCUAAAUGAUUUUUAAUGUUUUCGCCAAUCAAAUGUACCUCACAUUACAAAGCUUUGCCUUGAAUGUAGAUUUUUAAAACAAAAGUGUUAAGGCUGGAAAUGUAGUUAUCAAAGAGGAAGUUUUAAAUGUAUCUGUUCUUUUAUCAGCUACUCCCUCCCUCAUGGCUCCCUUGAAUCACUGAAUAGUUAUUUAAACCCACAUAUCCAAUAUGGUACUCAUUCCUGGGUCUUCACAAUUACAGACAUCAUAUCGAAAUGAUUGGGCUGACAAUUCCUUUGAAGGACAAAGUAAAUAUUUAAUGAGAAAUAUAGAUUCUGGAGAGGCAUUUGAAAAUCACAAAUGUUACGCCUCCAUUUCCUGUUUUCCAGGCUGGGUGUUCUGAUUUGGGAGGAAAGCAGCCCCAAAUAAUUUUUAAAUAUGAAUCUGAAAAUAAUGUUUUAGAAAUUAUGAUCUCGACAGUCUAAUUAAUGAGAAUUGUCUGAAAGUCCUAGCUGCAUUUAAAAUUAUGUAAGUUAACUAAAGCCAAUUUUUGAACCCCAGUCAUAAUUGUGUAGGUAGGUAAAAAGAGCAUUUUAGGAGGAAACCGAACUUCAUUUCAAGACUGAAUCUGUUUUAAAAGAACAAUAGUGGUAAGGUAAAUCUUCAUUUAUUUCCCUAUGGUUUACCUAUUUAAACAUCGAAGAUUGAAUCAAAAGGCACCUGGAGCAUAUUUUGGUAACUCCAUUUCCCACUUGGUAGUUCUAUGGAUGCUAACUGCUGAAGAAUAAACUGAUCGGGAUUUUCAAGGGUUGUGAACAUGUCUCCUGAUGGGAAUACCGUAUUAAGUAUAAAGGUUCAAAAUAGUUGAUCUCAAAACUAUACACACACACACAAUAUAUAUAUAUAUACACACACACACAUGUACACACACACACACAUGCACAUACACAUGGUAUUGUUUAAAAUUUAUUUCUCAUGACUUAGAACAAUAUAAGGAUUAUACAAGGAUUCAUUUCCCACCAUCAUUCCUCCCAGUGAAGCUUUUCUCAAAGUCUGAGUAGGAGUUUCUCCUUUCUCACUGGUAACUAUCCCACAGUGGCCAUUACAUCACUAGUAAUCGGUGUGCCCAGCCCUGCAUGGAAAUAAAUCACAGAAACAUAAUUUCCCAGUAGACUUAGUCUCUUCAAGCCUGUGUGCUUCUAGUGUAUAAAAUCUGUAAAAAAAA